AUGCACGUCGCAAUCAGUCCCCUCGCGCAGCUCGCACGUUCCGGCCUGAGCCGUCGUGCCGGUGUCGUCGCAUUGGCCGCUGCUGCGUUCUCUCCGUCCUCAGCGCUUCUCCCUCCCGCAAUACGGCCUUUCUCAGUUCUCUCUGCCCAAUCGACCUGCCGCCUCCCUUUGAGGACCACUGCCACACAGCUUCUAUGUCGGCCGCCUGGAUCUGUGUCUUCCCUGGCCAUCCGCCGCUACGAAUCAACCAAACCCACCACCACUACCACGUCAGAACCGUCUCCCCCGUCUAAGCUGCCCCGCCGCCUGAGCAUCGCCCGGAUCUUCUACCUCACCCUUGCCUGGUUUGGCGGCUCCAUCGCCUUUGUCGGCUUGGGCGUCGUCGCUUUCUUCCUCUAUGACGCCACCACAUACAAGGAGUCGGCGGACUAUGACGAGGUCGACGUGUCGGAUCUGGCCCUGAAUCCACGCCGUGGCGGCCCCAAGAACCUGCCCAUCUACGAAGUCCAGAUCGACGACGAUGACUGCCCCGAGAAACGCAAGACCAAACACAAGCCCAAGCUCGUCAUCCUCGGCAGCGGCUGGGGCAGCGUCGCUCUGCUCAAGGGACUCAAUCCUGACGACUAUCACGUGACUGUCAUCUCGCCCACCAACUACUUCCUCUUCACGCCCAUGCUGCCUUCUGCCACUGUCGGCACCCUGGAGCUCAAGUCAUUGGUCGAGCCGAUCCGCCGCAUCCUGCAGUCCGUCCACGGCCACUUUAUGCGUGCCCGUGCUCAGGACGUCCUCUUCUCCCACAAGCUGGUCGAGGUCAUCCAGGCCGACGCCAACGGCCGCGAAUCUCGCUUCUACGUGCCCUACGACAAGCUGGUCAUCGGCGUCGGCUCCGUCACCAACCCGCACGGCGUCAAGGGCCUCGAGAACUGCCACUUCCUCAAGGACAUUGACGACGCCCGCCAGAUCCGCAACAAAAUCCUCCAGAACCUCGAGUUGGCCUGUCUGCCCACCACUCCCGACGAAGAGCGCAAGCGGCUGUUGUCCUUUGUCGUCAGCGGUGGUGGACCCACGGGCGUCGAGUUUGCCGCUGAACUGUUCGACAUGCUGAACGAGGACCUGACAAAGCACUUCCCCCGCCUGCUACGCAACGAAAUCUCCGUCCACCUGAUCCAGAGCCGCAGCCACAUCCUCAACACCUACGACGAGGCCGUCUCGCGCUUUGCCGAAGACCACUUUGCCCGCGACCAAGUCGAGGUCCUGACCAACUCGCGUGUCAACGAGGUCCGUCCCGACCGCAUCAUCUUCACCCAGAAGGGCGGUCCCGACGGCAAGACCCUUGUCACCAAGGAGCUGCCCCAAGGCCUGUGCCUGUGGUCCACCGGCGUCUCGCAGACCGACUUCUGUCAGCGCCUGGCCGAAAAGCUGGGCCCUGCUCACCAGAACAACCGCCACGCUCUCGAGACCGACACCCACCUGCGCUUGAAAGGCGCGCCCCUCGGCGACGUCUACGCUAUCGGCGACUGCAGCACCGUCCAAAACAACCUGGCCGACAACAUUGUCACCUUUGUGCGCAACCUGGCCUGGAAACACGGCAAGGACCCCGAGACGCUUGAAAUCCACUUUGCCGACUGGUGCCUCAUCGCUGCCGACGUCAAGCGCCGCUUCCCCCAGGCCAUCGCUCACCUGCGCCGCCUCGACAAGCUCUUUGCCGAGUUCGACAAGGACCACUCCGGCACCCUCGGCUUCGGCGAGCUGCGCGAGCUGCUCCGGCAGAUCGACAACAAGCUCACCAGCCUGCCUGCCACCGCCCAGCGCGCCAACCAACAGGGCAUGUACCUCGCCCACAAGUUCAACAAGCUCGCCCGCGCCGCUCCCGGCCUUGCCAUCAACGAGAUCCAGGACGGCGACCUGGAUGCCGCCGUCUACAAGGCUUUUGAGUACAGGCAUCUCGGCAACCUGGCCUACAUUGGUAACUCGGCCGUCUUCGACCUCGGAAAAUUCAGCCUCUCUGGUGGCCUGUGGGCUGCCUAUGCCUGGCGCAGCGUCUACUUUGCCCAGAGCGUCAGCUUGCGUACUCGCAUUCUGCUGAUGAUGGACUGGGCCUCGCGUGGCCUUUUUGGACGUGAUAUGAUGAGCUAUUAG